AAUUAAAAAGUUAAUUGUUAUGUAAUCAGGUGAGCCUUUUAUGUUUAGUUCCCUGUGGCCACAGCAGCUAGUAAGAGGAACAGCACAACUCUAUGCACUGCAGUUCAGACUGGCUUGUUUUGUGUUUUAGUUCAAAGUUGCUCCCUAAUUGUUCGAUGGGCAAAAAAGGAGUUUCCUCUGUUUUCAUCUGACAGGUAAUUCCAACUACUUUCUUUGAAGUAUUGCUCAAAUGCUUCUCAUUGUGCCAAAAGAGUAACUAAGAGCUAUUUCGGGGGGAAAUGGGAGGGAGAGAGGAUGGAGGGAAUUUUAGGUCACCUUUGCUUGUGCUGUGGCCCACUAGGCUCUUUGCAGGGAAGAGUACGACUGGCAAAUGCUGGGUUAAAGCUUGUGCAUGUAAUUGCUGGGCCUAUUCUCUGAGUCCUGGAGCUCAUUCCUCAGAAUAUGGCCAAAAUCGCAGCUUGGGAUACAGUCAGCUUUAAAGCAGGCUUCUAUGCACCGCUUGUUUGAGAAAUUAACAACUUGACAUUGAAAGCCCAGUGAAGGGUGGACUGGUUUCCAGCUGUGACAUUAUCUACCUGAGAUAUUGCUAAUGGGGUAAUGCAUAGAGACAGACCAUGUUUCCUGUUUUUAUCCGGAAUGGCGAAAUAGGAUGCCAAACCGGAUAGCUAAGCUGAAAAUGCUAAGAGUAGAUGCUUAGUCAUAUAUUAGCACACUAUGGAUUAUAUUGCAGGAAUAUCAGUGCUUUAGGAAGUACCAAACAACUGGUUGAUGUUUCAGCAAAAAAAUCCAACCUUGAGCACUAUGACUGGAUUCUCCAUUAUGUUGCAUUUGAUUUAGUCUUUUAUGUAGACCUGCAAAAUUAACAGAAAACUUCUCACCUGGCAACACUUUAUAUUUGUUUCUUACAGCUGUAGAUGGCAAAUAGGGAGGCAAAGGGAAAACAUGUUUUAUUUUCCUCCAUGUUUGUCAGCUUGAGAAAAAUAAAAAAGUAGAGAUUGAAAUCGAGGACUUCAAAGUCAGAAAAUAUUUUUCAAAGAAAGCAUAUCUGUAGCCCUUACUGAAUUUGCUGGGAGCAAAAAAAAAUGUGUUUUAGAAUGAAGCUUAAGUUUUCAGAUCUAUUACUAAGCAAUGAGUAAUGGUGGCAUAUGAUAAGUCAAUUUGAUUUCUUGACUUCACUGAAGUGUUUUAGCACUGUGAACAGUGACUGGAACAAAUGGAAAAGAUGUAAUCAUGUAUGGAAAUAAUUUGUACCGUCUAGAAGUGAUAAAGAUGAAUGUGGUUUGAUUUCUGAUAAGGUUACUUUUUCCCAUAUGCUUGUAAACUUCUAUUUGUAAAUAAUGUGUUUUCUGUGAGUUUGUACUUGCUUGUCUAUAUCAGAAUUUGAUGGAAAUGACAAUACUAGCGAAGCCGUUCUAGGGAUGGUAUUCCAGCUGUUCCAAAAGAAAAUGCCUUUGCUUUCGCAGUCCUGUGGAGAGUCAAAGAAACAUAUUGAACAGCUGUAGCUCUAUUUGUCAAGAAUCUUCUGGAAUUUUGAGUUUUGAACUUCUGUAUGAAAUUGGAGCAUUGUUGUUUCUUGAGAAAUACUCACAUGUAGGAAAGACAUCUAAUACUUGUGAAUAGUCUUUGAAUUGAUAGGUAUACAGAGGUAGCUAAUGUGCUGUGAACUCCCACUGGAAUAUGGGCAGAUGUUGCUGUCACUUAAACUAGUGAAAGAAGCUCCCUGCCGUGCUUUCAAAUACAUGGCUAUCCUGAGCUAGCCUCUGCAACAAAGCCCAAACAAAUUACACCUGUGCUCCUGUUCCAAACAAAUGUUUGUGACCCUUCUUAACCUAUUUCAUCAGCUCUCGCUAAAGCAGGCAGGAGAUUUGUGAGUCCUUUUCACAAUCUGAUGGUGGACAGUCACAUUCUCUCAGACAUGCAAUGUAAUACUCAGAUCAUUUGAUCUGGGUUCUUGGUUGUGAUAUGAAAGGCGAAAUGAGGCCAGACAGAAAGGACUGUUGGAUGAAAAGGUCCCAAUUGCUCGAUGGUGAUUUUAGUUUGUGCUAAAAACCUACUGACCUUCUCUUUGCCAUUGUAUUGGUAGACUAUGGGGAGUAAUUGCCCCAAAGCCUUUGUCACACAUGAGAAAAGGAUUGAGAAAAGCCAGUGUAAUGAGUGACUAGAAAAACCUCUUGUAAGAAUAUGGGAGAAGAGGUAGUAAAAUAUGGGAAGAGAUGCAAAACUGAAUUAUUACAUAGUAUAGAAAAAUGGAGUACUUUAAAUGGAAAAGGGAGGAAAAACUGCAAAACCCUCAUAAAAAAACACAAAAAGUGAGAUUUCAGAAAAUCAACGUUCCAUAUUGUAUAGUUUUUCCUGUCAGGUACUAUGAAGAAAGUAAUUAAUAUAACCAAGUAUUGGGCAUUCUUAUUUUGUUUAGAAUGUAAUUACAGGAAGCUCAAACAAAUGGACUGUUGGAGGUAAACUGUCAGGUCUUCAGUAUUCCAUCUGGGAUCAACCACUGGAUGUUUGGACUCCUUGUGUCCUCAUCGCUUCAGAAAUGGAAGUGAGGAAAGCACAGCAGCUGAGUUCUGGUUCAGUCAGCAAACUUAGGAAUGAAGUUGCUACAUUUAAUACUUAAAUUCUGUGUUAGUUGCAACAUCUGUUGUUUUUUUUUUUUGUAAGGCAUUUAAAACAUCCUUUCAUUACUGUUUUGCAACAAAGACCAGCAUGACAGCUCUGUCUCAAUGCUGUGCAAUACAAAGGUGAUCGCAAAGACUUAUUUCAUUUUUAAAAACAAAUUAUACGUACAGAUGCAACUGAAUACAGAACAACAUAGUAGCUAGUCUGCUGAGUCAGUCCAGAGUUUGACCCAGACAGACAGUUUGACAGGCUUCAAUUCAACUGCUCGAUGAAAAGCUGAAGAGCUGGGUGGUUGUAUGAUCAGAUUCCCUCCUCACUCCUUGUUGCCUCAGUCUCCCAUGCCAGUUCAUGAGCUGGGAGGGUUUUGUGUUCCACAAUAAUUUUCAUCCAUGUUUUUUUUGUAACUGCUCCCAUUUCAAACGAUCUCUGGUGACAUGUUCUGGACAAUGAACUCACAACUUAACUGUGUUUUGUGGAAAUAUAUUGCCUUUUUCUUGCUCAUACACUCUGCCCAACACUUUUAUAUGAUGAACCUCAGUUCUUGUAUUAGAAGAGAAAACAGAUAACUGUACCUUAUGCACUUGCCCUGUGCCAGUCCAGAUUUUGUAGACCUCUGUCCCCUGCCAUCUUGGCCAAGCUGACAAGCCCCGUGUAACUGUUCAGCCCUUGAAAGCUCCUUCUCUUCUGCCUUGUCCCCUCGUCUUUGUAGCCUUGACCAUUUAGUUACAGCCACUUUUGUCUCACUCUUUCUCUGUUCUAUGAGUCAAGACUUUAUAUUUUACUAGUAAUCUUUAUAAAUUUUUGUUGGUUUUGACUUGUCUUAUUUAAAUUAGUUAACAUAUAUUUUGAGUCAGCUUGGUCAGUAAUUAUCACCCUUUUUCUAUUUGGCAAUCAAAAGCCGGCUUCCUUGAGGCAUUCCAAAUCCUCUAGGACAGUAUGAGCAAGCUCAUUUCUCGCAGUGCUUGCUGGCUGCCAGGUGCCUCUGUAUGUAGGAGGACUGUGAUAGGCAAGAUAAGGGUGGUAGACAGGAGACAGGAAAGCAGAGAGUAAGGCAAAAAGGCUUUAUUUGUCAAGCUCAGUGAUUUUUUAUUUAUUUUCCUCCCUCAUGCCAUACAAGUAUCCUAAAAGAAUAUUGGGGAAGGGGUGAGAACCAGCAGUACAUUAUAAAGAGGUUAAAUUUGCCACAUGUCUGCCUUUACUCUCUUUUGCAACAUUGCUGUACCUGUUCCGGAUGUUCUUUCAUUUCUCAGUGUGUGGGCUGCUGUUUUCAUGACAUCCCCUGGCUCCACAAUUCUGACUCUUCAUGUGUUGCAAAAGAUUGAGACAGGUGAUGUACCAGUUGACCUUUUCAAGAGAGUAAUUGGGAAGUAUAGUGACGGGCUGUGGUGUGGGAUUUUUUUUUUUUAAUUUCUUCUUUUUUGAUUUUUUUUGUUUGUUUUAUGGUGUUAUAACAGAUGGUUUACAUGGAGUUUAAGAUACCCCAUCAAAGCCUAUUCUGCUUUCACUUUUUUCUUUUCUUUUAAGAUGGCUGGUAAGAAAAAGUCAACUUAGGGUAACUAAAAUAUCCUAAUUACGCCUUGGCAAAGUAUCCCUUUUUUUACUGACUUUAAUGCUACAGAAGGAGCUGGUAGAGAGCAUGCAAAACUUCAGGAUGGCAAAAAAGCUAAUUGAUAUUGUUGGCACAUGCAACACAUUGUAGUGUAGUGAAGACUAUUUGAGAUCAACUUUGUGGUGACUUAAAUGGCUGCACACAUCAGUAAGAAGGAAAUACACUUUAAGCAGGAGUUUAUCCUGAAGCAGAUGGAUUAUCCUUAUCUGUUGUAGAUGGGUAGCUUUAAUAGCAGGUGAAGGCAUAAGAUGUGUGGGUUGUUGAUUCUUUGAUAAUGAGCAGAGCCUACACUCAAGCAUCCGGUGUCCUUUGUUAGGCCAGAUAUCUUGACAUAAAUACAGGAAGAUCUAGGACUCACUAGAGCUACUAUUUAUAUAUGUACGAUGAAAACAUUCAAAACUAUAAAAACUUGAAAAAUUAGGUGUAUUGGUAUAUUUGAUUUGCUAAUGGAGAGUUUUAUGAUGUUCUGUGCAGGGAGGAGAAACUUGGUUUAGCUCAAAAAGGUGAAGACAGGGAAGGGUGAAAACCCAUUACCAAAGCUACUUUUUCAGAAAUACCAUGGAUACAAAAUGUUGCUGCCUCUGUUUUCUGUUAACAGAAAUCACAUUAAUGCCCUAAAAAUGAGGUAAUCUCUUUUAUUCUUUUAAAUUAAUUUUUUUAGAUCUAUUUUUUCAGCAUCUCUCUGAUGUCAGUGAUAGUAUUUUGCAUAACCCUAUUGCCUGAAGCUAAGUGGAAAAGAGAGAGUUUUGGACCCAUGGAUCUCAUAGUCUUUCAGGUAGCUCAGUAAUUUGUUGAGCCUCCAGAAGAAAAACAACUGUGUCCUGAAAAGAAGUUUGAGCCAAACAAUUUUUCCUGGAAAUGGCGAAAGGUAGUCUAUGUAACAAAUGAAACCGGAGGUGUGCAGGACAGCCUUCAGGCUCACUUUGAAAAAUGAAAAUCUAAGACCGUGUAGGAGUAAAAGAGGCUCAGACAACUCACCUAAGGUAAUUACAGAAUGUCUAGAAAUGAUGAAAUUAAAACCAUCAACAUCUACUUUUCUUGUUUUGGGAACAGUGGGCCACCCUGCAGAUUGAGGAGGGAGUAAAAAAGCAGAAGGCGCUGGCACUUGAAAAUUUAAUCUCCACUGGAGGACUCAUUUCCUCAUGCAGGGAUCAUCCAGAGAGAUGAAACCCCCAUGGAAGAGGAGAUUGCUGGCCGGUGCCAAGGGUGCUUCAGCCUUGCUGAUGUUAUGUACUUCUCCAAGAAGGGGUGUGAGGCAGUUGCAGAAGAUGAAGUCACUCGACGGUUCUCCUCUGAGGAGCUGGUGUCCUGGAACCUCCUCAGCAGAACCAAUGCCAACUUACACCGUGUCAGCUGGCAACUCACUGUUGUGUGGGUCAUUGGGAUCCUAAUUCGAUAUUGUCUCCUGCUGCCUUUUCGCGUCUGCUUGUCUGUUUUCAGCAUCCUGUUGCUGGUGUUGGCCAGUAUGGUAGUAGGACAGUUUCCAAAUGGCAGAGUUAAAGGCUGGCUGAGCAACCAGGUUCAGAUGAUAUGUGCCACACUAGGUGUCCGAUGUCUGAGUGGUCUUGUUCAUUUUCACAACAGGGAAAACAGACCACAGCAAGGAGGCAUCUGUGUAGCCAACCACACAUCUCCAUUAGAUGUCCUAAUCCUGGUCAGCGAUGGAUGCUAUUCCUUGGUUGGCCAGGCACACGGAGGGCUUAUAGGACUCAUUCAAAAAUCUUGCAUGCGGACCGGUCGGCAUGUCGUAUUUGAACGUUCGGAAAUGAAAGACCGUCAUCUGGUGAGGAAAAAAAUUAGAGAACACAUUGCAGAUAAGGCCAAAUUACCCAUUUUAAUUUUCCCAGAAGGUACCUGCAUUAACAACACAUCAGUAAUGAUGUUUAAGAAGGGAAGCUUUGAGGUAGGAGGGACCAUCCAUCCAGUAGCAAUCAAGUAUGACCCCCGCUUUGGAGAUGCCUUCUGGAACAGCACAAAGCAUUCUAUGAUGACCUAUACUUUCAAUCUGUUGACCAGCUGGGCUGUUGUCUGUAACGUAUGGUACCUGCCACCGAUGGUCCAAGAAGAAGAAGAAGAUGCUGUUCACUUUGCCAACAGAGUCAAGGCUGCCAUUGCUGCUCGGGGAGGAAUGUCUGUGCUUCCUUGGGAUGGGGGACUAAAAAGGAAAAAGGUGAAAGAGUCUUUCAAGGAAGAGCAACAGAAAAAAUAUUGCCAAAUAGUAAUAGAAAAUGGAUCUGUGGGAAACGGAAAUGUUUGUUAAACGGUAUUUAUUUUAUCUCAUUUUUCCAUGACUUAUCUCUACCAGAAAAUAGACUGGUUUUUAUAGGAAACCAAACAUGUUUUCCUUCUGUCUCUGUAAGAUAUUUUGCAUAUGACACAGCAGGGAAACCAUAAAGAGAUAUCCUUAUUUAAUGCAAAAGACUCUAAUUUUAUAAAUAGGAAAAUAUACAAUCUACUAGUAAAAUUCUCUCCGAUGUUGAGUGAGAAAAAUUGGCAAUAAAAUUACUUAGGCUUAUUAAACAUUUGCAAUACCUUGAGGACUUAAAUGGUUACCUGUUAGCUUCUAACAAAACAACUCUGUAGUCCUAGCCUGCUGUCUCAGUGACUUGGACUAGCAGUGUUCCUGUCAGCCACAGUAACCAUGUUGCUGUGGAGAGCUCCUCACAUCAGGAGACGUUAGGCAGUUCACCAAAACAUGUUUUCCAAAUUGUAUGUUGGAGAGGAAGUGUUGGAUGUCAGAGGGGGAAAAAAAACACGUGCUGACUUUCCUCUCCAUGUCACAAGACCAGGGACAGCAAUGUAGAAAGUUUUCUCUUCUGACAAAGAGCACAACAGUGUCCAGGGCAGCAUGCCCCUCAUGCCUGGGUGUGUGAUGCUGAGGUAAAUUAGUCACAGCCAAGGACAGUGUCAAAGAAAAUAUAUUGUGGUUUUAAAUUACAUUUUAUCUUCUAGUUUUGUUGUGUCCCUUUCUCUGUCUCUUUGUAUGUAUUACCCAAAUUAAAGAAAACAUUUGAUGUGA